AUGGCACAACUAGCAAAGUAUUCAAACUCGGGCAAGCAAGGAAUGGCUACCAUCCCAAAGAAAAACGAUAGGCUUACGUUACCAAGGAUUAAUUUUUUUUCUUGGUUUCUAAUAUGGAGUGUUCCAAAAAUCAAGAUUUUAUUUAAUCUUGCCAAAUGCGAUGAGAAUUGGGAGUUAGAUAAACCUCUUACAGAGCUUGUCUUUGAUAAUUUAUUUAAAAGCAAAAGACCAGAAUGGAUAAUUCUUUUUCCAGAAGUAAAUAUCUGGACAGAAGAGGCAUCGGCAUUACAAAGAAGACAGAGCGAGAAAUUUUAUCUCCCCGUCCUUCACAAUAUUUUGUAUCCUAGAUUCUCAGGUUUUCAGAAUGUCAUAUCCGCUAUUAAUGCCAAGUACAAUUUCAAAUUUACAAAACUUUACGACGUUACUUUGAAUUACUACAGAGCACCAAAAAACUCUUGCACUUUAGAUUGUCUCCAACCGGUCAACGAUAGGCCUCGAUGUCCGAUCUCUUUAAUAGAAGCUUUUGCUAGUAAUUCAGAUAUAACCAUAACAGUCAAUGUGAAGACUAGAGCCGUUGCAAGGAUCCCAAACAAAAGAAAUAAAUUGGAAAAGUGGUUGGAGAAUGUUUGGAUCGACAAGGAUAAGCUAGUAACUCGCAUGAUUCAAGCAGAUCGUGAAAUUGAUAAUUGCAAACAAAUCAAAACAAAAUCUAUAGUUAGUCCAUCUACUGAAGUUCUUUUUCACGAACUCACGGAUGACUUAGUACCCGGUGAGAAGGGUAUAAUCAUUUCAAACAGUCAAGGCUAUUAA